AUGUGGGGCCGUCCCGUCGCCGGAAAGGGCGGGACGGGGUUGAUUCACUUUCCGGCACUUUUUGGUAGCCGAUCCACGGGCGGGGGCAGAAUUCCCGGACAAGGGGCCAGUGAGAGUUUUCUCAACGUACACUUCACUAUUUCUGCCACUGUUCAUUUAUCUAAGGUCGACGACAUGAUCAAGGAGGCCGACGAGAAGCUGGCCAGGGGCGACAUGUCGGCGCUGAUCACGUACCACUUCAAGAUGAUGUACGGCGAGGGAUACGGCGGCAUGGACUUCUGGGAGCUGUCUUGGGGGUCUUCGAGUGCUCAGGAGACGAGCUAG